UUUUUCAUUCACAAUGUCAUCAACGCCGAGCUCCAAGAAGGGGCCAGCGGGCAGCUCCAAAAAGAAGGUCGAUGGUGCUGUCGACCAGACCAGCGAAUACCUUUCUCAGCUGCGGAGCGAGACCAAGCAGGCUGCUUCCAAUGACUGGGACUACAAGCUUGCUCUCGCCGUCAUCACCCUUCUCGCCUUUGCGACACGCUUCUACGCCAUCACACACCCCAACCAGGUCGUCUUUGAUGAAGUCCACUUUGGCAAGGUAAACCGUUCAUCAGACCAUCGGAAAGAGUCUNUCGCAUCGUACUACCUCCAACGAACCUACUUCUUCGACGUGCACCCUCCGUUCGGCAAACUCCUGUUCGCUUUCGCAGGCUGGCUUGUAGGCUACAAUGGCGACUUUUUGUUUGAAAACAUUGGCGACUCGUACAUCACAAACAAGGUGCCCUACGUCGCCUACCGCGCAAUGCCCGCCUCAAUGGGUGCCUUGACUGUCUCGGUUGUCUUCAUGAUCAUGUGGGAGUCUGGCUACUCCCUGCCUGCUUGUGUUUUGGCUGCCGGUCUUGUUCUUUUCGACAAUGCACACAUUGGUCAGACCAGACUCAUCCUCCUUGAUGCAACUCUCAUCCUCUUCAUGGCUCUCUCGGUCUGGAGCUACAUCCGCUUCUACAAGCUCCGGCACGUUCCCUUCAGCCGCAAGUGGUGGAAGUGGCUGCUCUUGACUGGUGUCUGCCUCAGCUGUGUCAUCUCGACCAAGUACGUCGGUGCCUUUACCUUCUUCUCCAUCGGUGUCCCCGUUGCCAUUGACCUCUGGUCUCUUCUCGACAUCAACCGCAGACAGGGUGCUCUGACUCUGCCCGAGUUUGGCAAGCACUUGGCUGCUCGCGUCACUGGUCUGAUUGUCAUCCCCUUCUUGCUCUACCUCUUCUGGUUCCAGGUCCACUUUGCCAUUCUCAACCGUUCCGGUCCUGGCGACGAUUUCAUGAGCCCUGAGUUCCAGGAGACUCUCAGCGACAACAUCAUGACCCAGCAAUCCGUCAGCAUCGACUACUACGACGCCAUCAACAUCCGCCACAAGGACACCAAGGUCUACCUCCACAGUCACCCCGACAAGUACCCUCUUCGUUACGACGACGGCCGUAUCUCUUCUCAGGGUCAGCAGGUCACUGGCUACCCCCACAACGACACCAACAACCUCUGGCAAAUCAUCCCCAGCACUGGCGCCAUUCCCGAAGAAACUGGCCACCGCGUCCACGUUGGUGAUGUUGUUCGUCUUCGCCAUCUCGUCACCGACACUUGGCUCCUCACCCACGAUGUCGCUUCUCCUUACUACCCCACCAACCAGGAGUUCACCACUGUUGGUCACGAUGAAGCCAACGGUGACCGCUUCAACGACACCCUCUUCGAGAUCAGAGUCGAUGGCGCAAAGCCUGGCAUGGAUUUCAAGACCAUGUCUGUCCAUUUCAAGCUCGUCCACGUCCCUACCAAGGUCGCCAUGUGGACUCACACCACUCCUCUGCCUGACUGGGCCUACAAGCAGGCUGAGAUCAAUGGUAACAAGAACGCCCUUCAAACCAGCAACAUCUGGUAUGCCGAGGAUAUCCCUGCUCUUCCCAAAGAUUCCGAACGCGCAAAGAAGGAGCCUCGCAAGGUCAAGCACGUGCCCUUCCUCAAGAAGUACUUUGAGCUCCAACGCGCCAUGUUCUACCACAACAACGCCCUCACCAGCAGUCAUCCUUACGCCAGUGUUCCUAUUCAGUGGCCCUUCCUUCUCCGUGGUGUCAGUUUCUGGACCGAGAACGAGACUCGUCAACAGAUCUACUUCCUCGGUAACCCUCUUGGUUGGUGGUUGGCUAGCAGUCUGCUCGCUGUCUUUGCCGGUGUUCUCCUUGCCGACCAGCUUUCUCAGCGCCGUGGUGUCGAUGCUCUUGACAAGCGUAUGUNNGCCCGCAACCGUCUCUACAACUCGACCGGUUUCUUCUUCCUGACCUGGGCCGCCCACUACGUCCCCUUCUACAUCAUGGGCCGCCAACUCUUCCUCCACCACUACCUCCCUGCUCACCUCGCCUCUGCACUCGUCACUGGUGCCCUCGUUGAAUUCGUCUUCAACAUUGACCCUGUUGAUAUUGAUGACGUCGCCUCUGGCAACGCAACCCUCACCAAGAACAAGAAGACUGCUGUGCAACAAAACAAGCCUGUCCGCGAGAGAACUGGUCAAUCCAACUUGCUUGGCAUGUGGGCAGCCACCGGUGGUAUCCUUGCUGUCAUUGUUUGGAGUUUCCUUUACUUCGCUCCCUUGACCUAUGGUCAGCCCGGCUUGACUGUUGAGCAAGUUCAGGCAAGAAAGUGGCUCAACUAUGACUUGCACUUUGCCAAA